AGUGACCAUCGUGUGCUCGAACAACGGAGUGUAGACGUCAAGACUAUCACGGUCACUCACGAGAAGUCAAACAUGUUGAUACCACUUCGAAUGUAAUACAUCCAUCAAGGUAGUGUAGGAAUGAUGGUCGAAAACUUUCAAGUCUGGGGCUUUCACAGAUAGGUUUGACAGGUGUUCUGCAUACUGGCUGAAGCAUACCGGACGGUAAUACGGCAGCACUGUUAAUUCCAGAUUUCCGCACGUUGGCAUAGAAAUCUAGACCGAUUCAUAGUCCAAAUGGAGGAGACAGGUCAUAUUGACUGGUCGAUGGCGAUGGAAAACCUGAGACAGAGGUUGAACGAAGACUUUGGGAAACCGCGGUUUAGGCUCAAAACAAAAGUACUGCAGAAGACACUCGUGGAUCCACAGAUUCUCACCUGGUCGCUGAUCGCUAGACUUGAAGGAACCUGGAACAGUGGACACGGACUUCCCCACUGCUGCUCCGGUCCGCAUCCGUCGGUCACAAUGGCGGGACUUGGCCUCUUUGUCCGUGAGGAACGAGCUAUAUCUGCAUCUUCAGUUACCGAGAUAAAUGUGUCGGACUCAUGGGCGGACACGGAGGAGUUCGGAGGGUCGGAUAUCAUCACGCUGAACAGCUAA